CUUAGUUAUACAUUAGCGAAUACAUAUGUAAUCAAAAGUUAAUGAUUGACAAAACAAAUAAGAUUAUUAAUGAUUAAUAUGACAUUGCGAUCAUAGAUUUAUAUAAACAGAUCGCAUCACCAAAUAGCAUUUUGGACUGUGUACAAGAAGGAAAUGGCCCGAUUCACGUCUUUGGUUCUUCUGGUCGCUUGCGUUGUGUUUGUGAAGGCAAACGUCUUCAGGUUCGAUGUAGACGAGGACAGAGAAGAUUUCAAUAAACUGUUACAGAUCUUAAGCAAACCUAGAACACUUGACAGAUUCGUCAAUGACAAGCUUAGACCAAGUGGAUUAAAGGUGAAAUCGUUCUCAUGGGGCAACUGUGGAUCAUCAAGUGACCCAAUCCAGGUACACAAUUUCACACUGAGUCCAGAUCCAAUUAAGCUACCAGGGGAUGUCCAGGCUGGAUUCUCAGUCACAUUCAAAGAGUCAUUUGGUGCUCCUCUGCAGGCCAAACUUGAGAUAAAGAAGAAAGUGCUUGUCUGGAUCCCAAUCCCAUGUGUUGACAACAUUGGAUCAUGCACCUAUGAUGAUGUCUGCAGCUUCAUCCCCCUCUCCCCCGGGGACCCAUGCCCCUACCCCCUCAGCGACUAUGGCAUUCCAUGUACUUGCCCCUUUCCUGCUGGAAACUUCUACCUUCCCCCAGCUACCUACUACCUUGACCCUAGCUCCCUUAAGAUUCCCACAUGGCUAGAAGAUGGAGAUUAUCAAGCAACAGUACUGCUUAAUAUCAUUGACAACAUAAACAGGGUGUUCCCACUGUUGCCAAUGCAAGGAGGUUUAAAAGUGUCAACUGCACCUGCUCACAGUUUAAUCAACCAUGGUUGUAUAUCAUGUAUAUGAACAAUACAGAACAGUCUUCUUUCAUCAGUCUUCAUUGUGCAUUAUAGUCACUUUAUCCCUGAAGUUGAAAACAAUUAAUUGACCUGUAUACAAGGUGCCUGAAGCACCAUACUGUAGCCAUGGGGAUUUCAGGUCCAUGGAUUCAAACCAUUAUGUCAUCUUCCUAUUCUUGCUGAAUGUAUUUUCAGGGCAUUGUCCUAUGUUUAAGUUCUUAUACAGCACCAUGCCAGGAAGGCCCUAUUGAGUGCACUCACCCAUUUGGUGCCUCCAUUCUUUAGGAUGUGAGGCUACCCCAGGGGAAGGGGUAAAUGCUUAAAGGCAAUAGUAGGACCUGGCAAUAUUUUCUUCUAGCUCUAGGGGCAGGACAAUUAAGAUUGAUGAAAAAAGGUUGUUGUAAUUGCAAUACUGGACAAUAUCUAUGCACUCCAAAUCUAAAAUUCAAUGUACACCACACUACUCAAAAGUACAGUUUUUCCUUUUUAUAUGCACUCUGUAUUUUGAUAUUGCUCUUUUUCUAUGCACAAAAAAUGAUUGUAGAACAUACUCAGACUUUGCCUGAGAGUUCAAUUCUUAACAAAUUAAUAUGUACUUCAGCCUGUGCUUAUAUGUAACUAUUUAGAACUAUAUAUUUUGUAAAUUUCUUGGGUAUAUAUGAUU